CCUGUCCGGGGAUUGAGGCAGACACUGGCCGAAUAGACAGACGAAGAUAUCAGGCAACAAGACUGGACUCCUAACCAAGCCCCAAAGUUUUAGGAGAAUACGACGUAUACCUACUCCAGCUUGCUCCUGUUUGUGUAAAGGGUCUUUUCAUAUGCAAAAGAAGGGGGGAGUGGGCUUUCCAGCUACCUUUUCAAGAGAGCUAAACUGAGAGCUUCUAAAUUCUUCUUGGGAGAAACUAAACUGAUCCAAACAUGGGGUCAGAGACUUCUCCUCACAAUUCCAGCUGCAAGAUUAUGACGUUUAGGCCCACAUUGGAGGAAUUCCAAGACUUUGGUAAAUACAUGGCGUAUAUUGAAUCCCAGGGUGCACAUCGGGCUGGCCUAGCAAAGGUGAUUCCCCCUAAGGAGUGGCGACCUCGAAAGACAUAUGAUGAUCUUGAUGACAUGAUGAUUCCAGCUCCCAUUCAGCAGGUAGUGACUGGUCAGUCUGGCCUCUUCACCCAAUACAACAUCCAGAAGAAAGCUAUGACUGUGGGAGAAUACCGGAGACUGGCAAACAGUGACAAGUACUGCACCCCACGACAUCAGGAUUUUGAUGAUCUGGAACGUAAAUAUUGGAAGAAUCUGACCUUUGUUUCCCCUAUCUAUGGAGCGGAUAUAAGUGGCUCGCUCUACGACACUGAUAUCAACUUGUGGAACAUAGCAGGACUGAACACACUGUUAGACAUGGUGGAAAAUGAGUGUGGGAUUAUCAUUGAAGGUGUCAACACGCCUUACCUCUACUUUGGUAUGUGGAAGACGACAUUUGCCUGGCACACUGAGGACAUGGAUCUGUACAGCAUCAACUACCUGCAUUUUGGAGAACCCAAAUCUUGGUAUGCAAUCCCCCCCGAACAUGGCAAGAGACUGGAGCGCUUGGCAAAAGGUUUCUUCCCUGGCAGUUCUCAAGGAUGUGAAGCUUUCCUGCGACACAAGAUGACAUUGAUUUCUCCAUCCAUUUUGAAGAAAUAUGGCAUUCCAUUUGACAGAAUUACACAAGAAGCUGGUGAGUUCAUGAUCACCUUCCCAUAUGGUUACCACGCUGGAUUUAAUCAUGGUUUCAACUGUGCUGAGUCCACUAAUUUUGCCACAUUACGCUGGAUUGAUUAUGGGAAGAUGGCAACACAGUGCACAUGUCGGAAAGACAUGGUGAAAAUUUCAAUGGAUGUGUUCGUAAAAGUUCUUCAGCCUGAUCGAUAUGAGUUGUGGAAACAGGGAAAAGAUAUCACCCUCCUGGACCAUUUGAAACCAACAGAACUCAGUAGUCCUGAGUUAGAGGCCUGGAUAGAGAGAAAAGCUCUGAUGAAGAAUAGGGUUGGCCGCAGGCCAUACAGGAAACGCACGCAGCCUCGCAGACAUAAGGCACAGGAUCAGAAUCUGCUCAGGGAGGUGUUAGGAACUGACCUGGUGCUAGAUGGAAAGGAUGAGGAAAAUAAAAAGAGUGGAGAAGAGGAGGAAGCCAGCACAGUUUGCAGUAAAAGUAACUUGACAGAUGGCAUAAAAUGUUGCCCUCGUGCCCCAAAACUGAAGGGGGAGAGGCACAAAAAAAAGCAUGUAGGAGAAGGUUCUGGAGUUCAGCCACUCCCAGCAGACCUAUUACUCAAUGCCCCAGAGAUAAACAGCAUUGCCUCAUUCAUCAGAAGUCCCUUGGUCUUCUCUGGAGAGGGCAAGUUUAAACCUCGUCCCAUCAUCCCCACACUUUAUGUGGUCCCUCAGCCCAAAAAGGUUGUGUUUGACAAAUCACGGAUGUCCUGUCAGGAAGCCUUUGAGCGCUUUGCUACAAAAGACAGCAAGUCUUGUAAUGAUUUGGAGCCAUUAGAAGAAACACAAGGCGAUGAAGCAGCUAAAGUGCGCCAACAUGUUGGAAAAACUAAGACACCUAGCAUGUUUUCAAAGAUGGAAAUAAAAAAGAGCAGACGUCACCCCCUUGGUAGACCACCUACCCGCUCCCCUAUGUCUGUUGUUAAACAAGAGGUCUCUAGUGAUGAUGAUUCUAUACCAUUCUCUGGUGAAGAUGAUGUUAGUGAUCCUGAAGCCCUCCGCACACUUCUUUCUCACCUCUGGAAGAACAAGGCUCCAAACUUUCUAGCAGAGAGAAAGUUCAAUGCUGCUGCUGCCUUGAUAGAGCCUUACUGCGCUGUGUGCUCUCUAUUUUUCCCAUACACACAGGAGGCUACUCAUCUGCCAGAUUCGUUUGUCCCAAUGUCUAAAAAAGGACAAAGGACAAAACCGUUGAUUCCAGAGAUGUGUUUUAUUCCUAGUGAGGGCAACACAGAUCCUCUUCCUGUCAGCCCUUACACUGCAGAGGAUGGUACAAGUCCAUUGCUUUCAUGUGCCAAAUGCUGUUUACAGGUCCAUGCCAGCUGUUAUGGGGUAUCUCCAGAUUUGGUGAGCGAGAACUGGACAUGCUCACGUUGUACAGCCUCUGCUUGGACUGCAGAUUGUUGUCUGUGUAACCUCCGGGGUGGAGCUCUCAAGAUCACAACUGACAAUAGAUGGGUACACAUUGUAUGUGCUGUUGCAGUCCCAGAGGCUCGUUUUCUGAAUUUAGUUGAACGCCAGCCAGUGGAUGUGAGCCCCAUUCCUGAACAGCGGUGCCGACUGAAGUGUGUCUACUGCCGCAGAAAAAUCCGCAAAGAGGUGGGGGCCUGCGUUCAGUGCUCGGUUGAUCGAUGCUCCACCUCUUUCCAUGUCACCUGUGCACACACUGCUGGCAUUUCCAUGGAACCUGAUGACUGGCCUUAUGUGGUGUCAAUCACCUGCUUUAAACACAGAGCGACCAGUCAAAAUGGUCUUGCCACUCGUGAAAUCAGUGUUGGGCAAACUGUUAUUAGCCGAAAUCGUAAUGGGCUAUACUACAAGUGCCAGGUCAUAGGUUCAGCUACACAGAUUUUCUACGAGGUCAACUUUGAUGAUGGUUCCUACAGUGAUAAUGUAUAUCCAGAAAAUAUUACGAGCAGGGAUUGUAUCCUGGAUGGACCCCCAGCUGAAGGUCAGCUGGUGGAGCUGAGAUGGACAGAUGGAAAUAUCUACAAAGCCAAAUUCAUUUCAGCUAAUAUCAGCCAUGUGUUUCAGGUGGAGUUUGAGGAUGCUACUCAGCUGAUGGUGAAACGUAGUGAGAUUUUCACUCUGGAGGAACCUCUGCCCAAACGAGUCAGGUGCCGUCUGUCUGUAAGCACUGGUGCUUCCCUGGAGGAUACAUCUGAAAAUGGGCUGUCAGCCAAACGUCCGCGGGUGACCAUUCCCAAAAUUACUGAGGAGCCAUCAAGGAGCCACGAGACCUUGGAUCCUAAAGAGCCCCUUGCCCAAAUCCCAUUCCAGGCUGAUGCCUUCUUUUGACAUUGCCAGCUGGCCGCUCUGUGCAAUUGAGCAGGCAAAACAUUCAACCACACCAUUGCAACAAGAAAGACUUGGAUGCAUCUUUUGUGUUUGCAGAGCUAAUAACCUGAAGGCUCAAAAUGGGCAAAAAAAAGUUGUUAUUCCAUUGACCAGGGAUUGAUCACAUAUAAAGCUGCAGGGAGCACGGAUGCUCCAGGUGCUAUCUGUAACUGCCCGACGAUCCUAUCUGUACUUUGUGAACCUUUCUUGACUCUUUCUAUAAAGAAAAACUAAGGAAGAAAUUUGGAUCUGAUUUUAUACAUUUUUGGCUUUCAAAACAAGAAGCAGAAGCCAUUUUUGUAGGCAUGCCCAAGGCAGGUGUCAGAGCAGCCAGCAUUUUAUUUAUUAUUUUUAUAUAUAUAUAUUUUUAUUUGUAAAUGACACAGAAUUGUUCUUUGUGAUGAUGUGAUUGAGAGGAUAAUAAUGUUGUAUAUCUGAGAAAAUAGUCUGUAAUUUUCCUCUCCGGUUUAUUUGCUCCACCAUUUUUCACUCCCACUCCUUCUUUCCUUCUUCUCUCCAUAUAUUUACUUUUGUUCUAGAUCUUGUCCUUGCCUUUUUCUGGUCUGUGUUGCUUUUCUCUGCCUGGCCUGUUCUUGGCCCUUCUGCUUGAUUUCUGCAGAUGUUCUUAUGUAUGGCAUGCAUUGAAAGAUCAUUGUGAGGGACAGUAUUCUCACUUAAUCACCAUUCUUCAGGGGUUUAAGUUUCUCAUUUUUUUAAAUGACCCCAGGAAUUUAAGAAAAAUAAAAAUCAUUGCAGUGUUAUGUUUCUCAAGGUAAUCAUGGUUCCUGGGAGUGUGUAUUGGGUGGUUCUUUUGCUGGGUUUGUGGUGGGGAGUGGGUGGCUGUACAGGUACCCUAAACUGACUCUGCAUGUGUUCAGGAUGCUGAUGAACCUAGAUCAAUUUGAAAGGACUCUUGUUUCGAGGUAGUAAUAUUUAAAAUGAUGUGUAUUGUGAGGUGUUGCCCUCAGGAGCUGUGCUCUGUUGGGUAUGUAGCGUGAAAACCCACAGCAUGUUCCCUCAUCAUGUUAUUUCCAAUGCUAUACAGGGACAAAAGAAGUAUGGGAAUUAACAUUUUUCUUAGAUUUGUUUGUCUCAUUUCAUUGGAAUAUUUUGCCUGUUAUAGAUGACAGAUGUGAUGUAUUUUUUGCAUAUGAUUUUCUGCCUUCAGUUUGUAAUGAAUUAAAACCCCUGGACACAUUU